CCCUGCCCUCGGUCUUGGACAGUGCACUUAAGAGAUGCACCCCGGAGAACCCCAUCUUCUUUGGUGGAGAGGCCGGGUUUGGGACCUUAGGGUACACAUUCACCAUUUCAAGCGCCUAGGAUAGAUUUGGUUAAUGAGCCCAGGGUCCCCUGUUCCUGCUGACACUGCCAUUUUUCACUUCCCUGCCCUCCCACACUUCCAAAAUCAUUAAGCAGCAAGCGCUCCGAGGUUUGGGUUCUUUGCAUCUACUUAAAGCUGGACGUGAGGCUGACCCCUGGGUUAGAGCAUGGCUGCAUCCCUGGACCCUCAGCUGGACGCACCCCUGGAGGUUGAGGGAUGCUUAAUAAUGAAGGUGGAAAAGGACCCCGAGUGGGCAUCGGAGCCCACUCAGGAAGGACCGGAGAGCUCUGAGUCUGAGACCUUUCGCAAAUGCUUCAGGCAAUUCUGUUACAAGGAUGUGACUGGACCCCAUGAAGCUUUCAGUAAACUCUGGGAACUUUGCUGCCGGUGGCUGAAGCCCGAGAUGCGUUCCAAGGAGCAGAUCCUUGAGCUGCUGGUAAUUGAACAGUUUCUCACCGUUUUGCCCGAGAAGAUUCAGGCGUGGGCUCAGAAGCAGUGUCCGCAAAGUGGAGAGGAGGCAGUGGCCCUGGUAAUACAUUUGGAGAAAGAGACUGGAAGACUGAGACAGCAGGUUGGCAGUCCUGUGCACUCAGAGAAGCAGGGAGCAGCGUGGGAGGUAAUGGACUUUCAGCCAGAGCAGGUGGAGAGCCAACCCAGAGUGGUGUCUCUGGAGGAAGCUGGAGGCCUCCAUUCAGGACGGGAGGAGCAGCUGACCCAAAAGACGGAGCAUCGGCCCUUCCCCAAGAACGCUCGGCCUUCUCCCUGGGAUCCUGCCCCUGCUACUGAAUGGAACAACAUAGGUCAGGAAGGAACAGCCACACCGCUACCUGUCAUGUCUCAGGGGCCAGUGAAAGAUGUGCGCGUGGCGAGAGGUUUUUCCUACAAAAAGAGCGUCCCUCAGAUUCCCGCUCACAGAGACCUGUACCGGGAUCUGGAGAAGGAAGUAGUCAUGGAAUGUGUUUCUCUCGCUGUAGGAGGUACCAUGUCCGUGUCUAACAAGAUUGCCCGGUUGGAGCAAAGAAAGGAGCCAUGGGCCCUCAGUCUACACUCUUCUAACAAAAGGAAUAUUCUCCGAAGCAACUACAUCAAGGAAAAGCCAGUUCACACAACUCAGAUGCCCGCGCAUGGCGCGGCCCGAACGUGGGGCGAGCAGCAGCACUGGGGUUUGGAAGACGAGAAGAUAGCGGGCGUGCACUGGAGCUACGAGGAGACGAAGACGUUCCUCGCGAUUCUCAAGGAGUCUCGCUUUUAUGAAACGCUGCAGGCUUGUCCGCGGAACAGCCAGGUGUACGGGGCCGUGGCCGAGUGGCUGCGCGAGUGCGGCUUCCUCCGGACGCCGGAGCAGUGUCGGACCAAGUUCAAAAGUCUCCAGAAGAGCUACCGGAAGGUGAGAAAUGGCCACGUGCUGGAGCCCUGUGCCUUCUUUGAGGACAUGGACGCCCUGCUGAACCCCGCAGCCCACGCACCGUCCGCUGAUAAGCCAAAGGAGAUUGUCUCUCUCCCCAGACUAAAGAGAACUGAUGUCAGUGCUAGAGAACAGACUGGUUUGCUGGAGGAGGAGGAAGCCACUGAGGCAUCUGACGGUGACGAGAGGGGCAUUGCGUUCAUCCGGAAGUCUGAGAUCCGGGGCGCUCCUGUCUUGUUCCAGAACCUGAGCGGUGUGCACUGGGGCUACGAGGAAACCAAGACGUUCCUUGAUAUCCUGCGGGAGACUCGGUUUUACGAAGCUCUGCAGGCCUGUCAUCGGAAGAGCAAGCUGUACGGGGCUGUGGCUGAGCAGCUGCGCGAGUGCGGCUUCCUCCGGACGCCCGAGCAGUGCCGGACCAAGUUCAAAAGCCUCCAGAAGAGCUACCGCAAAGUGAAGAACGGUCACGUGCUGGAGUCCUGCGCCUUCUACAAGGAGAUGGACGCCCUGAUCAACUCCCGGGCCCCUGCCCCUUCUGGCGACACUCCAGACGGAGUCCCGUCACUGUCCGCACACCAAGGAGAGGCUGUUGAGAUGGAAGACCAGGGACCCACAGGCUGGGAACCUGAGGAAACCUCACAGGAGGCAACGGGAGAAGAUUCUGACAGCGAGAGAAUGAGUGAGGAGGAGAGCCUACCCGAGUCGGAAUUCCAGGGGCCUCCGGGUCUGCUGCGAAGCCCACGUGAUUUUGACAUUGGAGGUAGUAUCAAGGAGGAUGUAACACAGGUAAUGUACAGGGACAUGGGACAGCAUCGGGCACUGAUCGAAAAGUCUAUGAGGCUUGUCUCCCAGAAUGCUGAUCCAGGCAGAUACCGUAGAAGGGAAUGCAUCUCAGGAAGGCCCUGGGAAGGCCUCCAGGCAGCCAGGCCCGGGAAGCUGAUGGCCCAGCCUCGAGAUUUGGGGAGAGCCACAGGGCAUCCGAGGCCUUUCAUGGGGAGGAGACCCUACCGGCUUCUCAAAUACGGAGAAGGCCUUGGCAGGAACGCCCGCCUGAUGUGCCGGGUGGCCCACCAGAAGGAGAAUCCUUACCAGUGCGGCGUCUGCGGGAAGUGCUUCGGCAGAAGCAGGAGCCUAAUCAGACACCAGCGAAUCCACACAGGAGAAAAACCCUUUAAGUGUCUUGACUGCGGGAAAAGCUUUAACGACUCCUCCAACUUCGGCGCCCACCAGAGAGUCCACACGGGGGAGAAACCCUACAGGUGCGGGGAGUGCGGGAAGUGCUUCAGCCAGAGCUCCAGCCUCAUCAUCCACCGGAGGACGCACACGGGCGAGAAGCCGUACCAGUGCGCCGAGUGCGGGAAGGGCUUCACCAACAGCUCCCACUUCAGCGCCCACCGCCGGGUGCACACUGGCGAGACCCCCUACCGGUGUGCGGACUGCGACAAAACCUUCAAUAACUGCACCAGGUUUCGAGAGCAUCGGAGGGUCCACACAGGGGAGAAGCCCUACGGCUGCGCCCAGUGCGGCAGACGCUUCAGCAAGAGCGCUGUGCUCGCCAAGCAUCGGGAGGUCCAUUCGAGAGAGAAGCUUCCGCCAAACGCCCCGCCCGCCUGUCCCCCUGAGAACCCGCCCAAGGAAAAGACCGAGGAGUUCAGGAAAGCUUUUUGACAUUGACUUCUCCUCCUCAGCUGCCCCUCUAGUCGUUUUCCCCGCUCCAUCCUUGGAAGCGAUCUUUUCUCAGCUGGGGAGUGUGAUUCCGGAGACAGGCUUGAGAAUACAGACAAACCGGGCCGCCUGGCGUCCUCUCCCUGCCUCCCGUCCUCUCCUUCUGUGCACCUCAGCAGCUCCCUUGGCCAAGCGGGGUUCUGGAUGGCUGUCCCUUCAGCGAGUCAUGGCCUCUGCGGCGGGAUUGCCAAAUCCAGCAACGUUCAAAGUCCCUCACAGACCCGACCUGCUGAACAUGUCCCGUUGUCCACCGCAGGGGACCCUGCAUGCAGCUUGAUCCCAGACUUCUUACUGGGGCAGAAAUUUCCGGAGUCUGAUCAGGACAACAUCACACGCAUCUCGGUUUUGAAGGUAGUCACCGGGGACAUUGAGGUGUCACAGCCCCUUUUAGAAGUCUGUUGUGAUUGUACCCUUUUUGUGACUGGUGGAGCCACAGAGCUAGGGCGAAGGCCCAGUACCACCCCUGAAACCACGUUACUGCCCUCUCACCCUCCGUGGAGAUGAGAAGCACCCCACCACCCACCAGGGCUGCCCUUUUCUGCACCUGAAGACUGAAGCCCACCCGCCCCCGCUUGGCUGCUGGUUCUCCAGCCUCUACGUAAUUAUCCGGUUCCUUACCAUUUCUCUUAGGUCCAGCACUUACCUCGUAGCUGUUCUGGGUGCUCUCAUCUGCCUCUCCCGACCCACCAGGCCCCCUCCGGUUGAACAGGGUGCAUGCCUGUGGCAUGUGCCACUAACAUCAAGCAGACUCUUCCUCCGGACACGUUCUGCCCUCUACUUGCUCUGGUCCUUGCCUAGAACGUGACUGCACGUUGGCCUAUUUUCUGCCUCCCAACCCCACACUGUAGUACGAUGUUAUAGAAUAAUGGUUUUCUAAAACUGUAAGAGGGUGGGGAGGAAGUGAGGUAGAAACUGGAAACGUUCUCUAUUUCUAAGAGCAGUCAGACUCCCUGGGCCUGCUUUAGACCAGAGAGCCACCUUGUGCGGACUGCCCCCUCCAGGCUGUGUGUUAAACCUGCCCUCCUUCUCUGAGGCUUCCAGGCCCUGUUCCAAGGGGCUUCAGCCUAACUGUGGGGCCCUGAGUCGUUUCUAUAAUGCUGUAGCUCACCGAGUGAGAAGCAAAAAGAUGUACAGAAACUUCCAGUCGAGAACACUGUUGUCUUCCUCACAUACCUGUUGGUCUGAGAAACCUCUUCAAAAGCCCCUGGCACCAGCCCAACAGAUACUGAAGGAAGAGCCAAAAUGGGAGGUGGUGGUGGGAAGGGCAGGGAUUCGUUCACUCCUGGAGCUUCUAGGUGAGACCGAGGACCCUGGUCACCCAAGGCCGGCUGCUCCGGGACGAGCCCGGUGACACUUACAGCCUUGAUAUGUGGGCCACCUGGGGCGGCUUUGCCUUGGGGACGGGGAGUCCCGAGCAUAGUGGAAGGACAGCCAGAGUCCGGGCUGUGCCCACGUUAUACUUUGAUCUUACCUCCUGCCCUGUCAGGUGUCCUCUUAUUUGGGGACCUCUGGUGAUCAUGUUUUUCCCUUGAGGAUGUUUGAAUUUUUCCAGGCCUGUUCAGCCGAAUACGAAGGAGGGUGAGCAGUGGAGAAAGACAUCCAGUUCGUGGUGCUGGAUUAGGAUUAGGGUGUGGCCUGCCAGAAGGCAGGUGACUCAGGUACGCAUUGAUAAGUGUUUCUGAUUUACAUUUGUUGGAGAUGUUGCCAUUGUUCACACCUCAGUAGGUUGACUUCCUGUGUGUGGUCUGAGUUAUAGACUUUUAAUGGUAAGUGCAGUGUCUUGUCGUUAGUGUGCCUAGCACAGUAAGAUGCGUGCGGUGCCCGUGGGCGUGUGCUUAUAUUGCGUAGAUGUUCUGGAAGUCCAGCACUAUUGGAGAUGCACAUUCAUAGAAAUCACUACUUAGUGAUAUGUACGCAAGAUUGAUAACUGUAUUGAAGCAUGAUUCAGGAAAGUAGAUGAUUUACUCCUACAUAUUUAUUAAGUACUGUUAUGUGUAAGGCCGUCUUCCAGGCACAGGGAGGGGAUACGAAAAUGGAAAAAGACACGGUACCCAUUCUCCCGGAAUUUGCAAUAUGACAGAGGAAGUCUUGCGGCAAAAGGUAAUCAGUGCCCAUUACCCUCAUGUCACUUGCAGAGGCUCAGUGACUCAACUGUGAGAAAAUCAUCCGCACUUACAAAAGAGUUUUUCCGAAUUGCCCCGACUGUAUCCGGUACCUCUGCCUCACAGACGUCCCCGUGGUGGGACGGGCACAAGAGUCAUUCUGUCUCGGGUGGGACACAUCGGCUCUGUGUAAGGCUCACAUGCCUGGGCUCCCGCAGAGGCGAGACCUGGGUUCCUGAUGGACGACGGGCUGUCUGGACGUGCGUGACACUAACUUUAUGCACUCUGUCUCUGGUCUGAGGAGGUCGAAGGUCCCACCAUGACCCUGGACCAAGACAACUUGCAUUUUGUCUUUUUCCAGCUGGAGCAUGAAAGUCAAAAUGAGUGGUCAUGAGUCUUUUAUAUCACAUCACAUUGCCUUUAUGAAGAUUCAUCGGAAAAGGUUUUUUUCUGGGCCUCAGUACCAGGGAAAGCUCUGAUCCUAAGCAGAAAAAAUAAAUUACACUGUGAUUUUUAUUACUUCCUCCUUUUCUCUCUCUGUCCUGGCUGCUGGAAAGUUCAACGAAAUAUACAAGCCACCUCAACCCACUACCUAACGCCUAUAUUUGUUUAACCCUACUGUGUUUCUUUGAAAAUUAUUCCCAAUCCUAUUUUUUUAGAGUAGUUUGAACAAAUGGACGUUUAAUUCUCUGACAUCUUAUCCAGGGCACUUUGGAACCUGGCCUACAUUCCCAGCCUUGUGACCCCCACAGAUAACCUCCAGUUCUGACUGGUGAUUUUAUUGCCCAUGCACCCUAAUUUAUUCAUAAGUCUUCUUUAAAGAUGGAAACUUCACACAUACACUAAAGCUCCUCUGGGCCAGGGGAGUGAGCAUUAGACCAGAAGCCAAAAGGGACACGUUUUAGUCUUGUCGCUAUCACUGAGUGCCGUGUGACACAUCUCAGCCUUUCUGGGCCCAUAUUCCUUACCUGGAGAGAUGUUGAACUUGAUCGCCAAGACUGCUCUGCUCUAACGUUCAGUGAGCCGAUGGGGCACAGGGUGGACGAGGAAGAGGUCAUGAGACCAGGUGCUCUGCCUGGCCCACCACGGCAUGCGGCAGCCUGGCCACAUGGAGCCUGCUGCGUGCCUUGGGAAGAGGGGCACCGGGAGCUGGCACAGUGAGGAGGAAGGCCAGGUCACCCUUGUCCCCCAGCAGGCAGCCCCUGGCUCCCCAGUGGCCAGUGGCAGGUGGCCAUGGUGAAGAAAGUGGUGUGGCAGUCCGGCACCUGGGGAAGGGCAGGCCCCAGCUGUGAAGGAGUUGGCAGGGGUUGGGGAGGCCCAAAGCAAGGAGUGGGCAGCCCGUGCAGCCGUUCCCGGGGCUGCCCAGUGCAUUCCAUGUGUCAAUGUGUGUCUCUUCCUUGUCCUGUACCCACGUUUGUUUAGCUGUCUCCUUGGAAACGUGUAUGUGGAAUAAAUGUCUGAGAUAAAUGA